AUGUCUGAAGCCGAGGACAGUACACUCGAAUCAAGCGAGUUUGGCAACCAAGCAUCUGCUGAUUCAACAGAGUUAGACGGUAGCAUCCAGACGCCUGCAAGAGAUGUAGAUAAAAAGGAUUCUGAUGACGCGAUAAAGAACGAAGAAAAACCAAUCAAAGUGUCUCUAAAUACUAAAUCGGGAAACGUAAUUCGUUAUACGAGAGAGCAAUUGUUUGAAUUGCGCGAAAGCCCACUUGUUAAAAAACCGGACGCACUACCACCAAUCAGUUCAUGGUUUGGGGAGCCGGUGGUAAAGAAAGACAAGAGAAAUAAUACGGAAAAUAUUCAGGAAAAUGAAAAAGGCAAACUUUAUCAAAGCUUCGUUGAUGGAUUAAAUAAGUCCAAAGACGAUUUGACUGUAUUAGGUAUUUCGAAAAGCCCCUUAAUAGGAGCUUCAAAGAGUCCUAACGGAUCGGAGCCGACAUCUCCCAAACCAUCAGGCAUGUAUAAAAUUAUUCUUGGACCCCCUAAAACGAUUUUCGCUUCAUCUUCUGUUGGAGGAUUAAAAAGCGCAGAAGAUAAACCAAAUCAGGCUAGAACUGGCAGGUCUGAUGGAAUGCGACAACGUCAAGAUGAAUAUUCGAGAGCUGGAAUUAAAGACUUUGAACCCCGGGCUCCUCGCGGUCCUACUGGUGAACGAGGUUUCAUUGGUAGGGAAGCUUUGAGGGAACGAGCUCUGGUGGAUAAAGCACUCAAGGAAUCAAUGGGAUCAUCGCAUAAUUCUCAUAGUCGUGGUUUAGGCCAUACAAGAUCUCAAGAUACAAAUAAGAACAGUCGUAGAGAUGGUGGUGGCGUAUACGGGAGGGAAUAUUUGGGCAAAACCAAUUUUAUUAGACAUCACCAUUCCGAAGACAGAUCCGAGACGCCUAAAUGGAUGAAUUACAAUCCACAAACUGAUGAAGAUACAAAAAAUGGUGAGAAUGGCGGGUAUGAAGAUAAAAAACAUUUUGAUUUUCAAGCUUGGAAGUCUCAGAUGAAGGAACAAGACCGAGAACGUAAAGAUAAAGAAAGGUCAAGAUCAGAAAAGGACAAGGAACGCAAAGAAACUGCCGAGAAAGGCAGAGCACGGAGUAUAUCACGUGCUGAUAGCAGUACGUCUUGGAGACCUGAUAAUAAGAUUGGGACGUCAGAAGAACCUAGUACAUUUGUUGGAAACACUAUACCUGAAGUGUCACAAAAUGGUUCAAAAGAGAAGGAAACUUCCGAUUUCAAUGGUAAAUUAACUUUUUUAACGUGUGCAAUGGAAUUAAAACAAAAAAAUCUAAAUGGAAAUGUCGUUUGUUACAUAGAGUCAACAUUGUACUUGGCCAAUGUGGACCAACUUUUUGGCCCUGGAGUCGAUCUCAAUGCACAUCUGGAUUCUGGCUCGUCAGCUUUUGAUAAGUUUCUGUCAAAACAUAAUAAACUUGCUAUGGCCGAAGAUAAUAUUCCUAAAACUGGUGUCGCAAAGAAUGCUGAGAUAAUUCCCCGCGAGCAAGGCACAUCUCGCUUUGCCAGGUUUUUUUCUCAUAAUGUAGAUGAAAGCUCACAAGAAGUGGAACACAACAAUGAGAGACACCCAGUGUUUCCUACAUCAACACAAGGUCAUCCGGCUCCAAAUGAAUUAAAACCGGGACCAAUUAGCCUUGAUACAUUGUUUCAAAGUCAAGCAGCAACGUCUUCUACGGUUGCAGUUACUUCUCCUCGCAUGACUGACGGAAAGCGAAUGCUUUCAAGAAUGCUCACUGAAGAUGAAGUUUUGCAGACAAUUGGAGCAAAACCAUCUAUUAAACCGGAACCUAAAGAGCGUAAUUACGAAGAUGAAGCUGCUAUGUACAAAAUAUAUGCAGCUUUGAAAAAAGGCCCAUCUGCAGAGCUGCCAAGGCCAUCGCAAUCUAAUAUGCCAAUAUCUCUAUCCAAUCAGUCCCCAGCGCACCAAUCUGCAAUAUCGCAUACGGGAUUGCCUUUUAACGACCCUUCUAUUAUCAGUGCGCAGAAGUCAACUCCUGGGGUAAAAACUAGCCAACAUCAAUCAAAACUUGAUAUUCCGAACAGGCAUUUAGGUCUUUCUGAAUUAUCUUCUACGGACUCAGCAAAAAAAAUUAAUAUGCUCUUUGGAGGCAAUGUACCAACUUCAGUAUAUCGUCAGUUGAGUUCAAGGUCAGAUAAUGGUUCCAGAGAGUCGUCAGCCGCAUCUUCACCGGCAUUAAAAUUCAAUACCAAACCUAUUAUUUCCAACUUUCCACACUCGCCGCAAUCAUCGGCACAUAUUCAUGAUAUCCACGCGCCGAUGUUUAAAUCACCUCACUCUCCUAAUCAUCCUCAUCAACAAAGUCAUAACCAUUCACAGUAUCAUAACAAUGUACCUAGUUACUCUAACGGACCAAAUAUCUCUCAGCAUUCGCAUAAUCGACCUGAGUACCCUCCACCUAUCGGCCGCAACAUACCAGUAGAACAGUUGUUUAACAUGAUUCCGCCACGCAACGUUCCACAACAAGUUCCUCCACAAUUUCAACAACCUCCAAUUCCACCUCAAAUACCAUUUGGUUACCAACAUCAAACUGAACGCUAUCCUCAACAAAUCCAGUUUAAUGGUCCUUCGAUACCACAUCAUCCUGUCCAUCAUCAUCCAGGAAUGUUGCCACCCGGUACCGAGGCUCUUUUUGCAAACAUGCACGGAUAUGCACAGUUUAUUCCAAACAUUGUGAACAAUGCAAUGGCUCCGAAUAACAUACCAGGCAUUCCAAAUAGUACCAAUAUACAACAACGUGGAAUGAUGACUUUGGAAGAAAUCGAGAGACAAGGAUUUGGUGGCCGUUAA